UUCUUAGUUUAACGGUGAAAAGUGGAAACUUUGCUGGGUCCGCAAACAAACUAUUAAGUAACUCUGUUACUAUCACGAUCAAACCACAAUCUACUUAGUUGUUCUUAUCCAGCAAAGCUUCACUUAUGUGUUUUGUGAAUAUCUUUGAUAUUUAACUAUUAUACAUAUGGAAUCUAAAUUGUCGCCAGAUAAAGAGAAAAAGGGAAAUUCGCGAGAGCCAAUAAAUGAAUACCAAUGGGACGACUUGCGAAGAGAUCGUGAAUUGGGACAUUACCCCUGGACACAUCUUCUGAAGCCGCCAUUAGAAGGCGAAAUUACCGCAGAGGAUAUCAUAAGAGAAACAACACCACGAAGAAGUAUGUCUCGUGAAUUCUCACGUUCACGAACCCAUUCGCCUGUUGAUGGAGGUGGUCAAAAGAUUCUUAACCUUGACUCUUCGCCUGGAAGCAGCCGUAAACACGGCGAUGAAGGGGAAGAUGAAGGCGUGCACAUACCAAACUUUUCAAAAGAAGUAUCUUUAGAUUCUGAGGAUGAUGCAGUCAAUCAAGCAAUGAAUGCUUUCAUAUGUAGACAGUCAGAAAGUCCAUCAAAUUCUCAUUUAGAAGCCCCUAUUAGUGCGCCUAAAAAUGUUUCCCCAAAAGGAAUUCUAAAACGACGAGUACCAGACGUUUAUAUUGGGGUCACAGAAACCAGAGAAAAAACAAAAUGUUGCCAUCCCUUAGUAAAUAAAAUCAAACAUUUGGCUGACAAAACUCUGAACAAACUUGAGAAGCAUGAAGGCGAAAAAUCUCCAUUACCUAAGCGUAAAAAACAUAAAGAAGGACAGGAAAUAAGGCAGUUAAAAUCUUCUCCGGGAGCAGUGCGGAGACAAAAAUUUAGCGCAAUUAAACUUGGCGAUUCAGACGAAAUGAGUAAAACAAUGAGUGUCGAUACCCCUCCUCCAAGAAAAAAGAAAGAACAUAUUUACGAGGACAUAGAAGAAUCAAAAAGUCAAGAUCGAGACAAAUCCCUUCAUUUUUCUCCCGAUAUAGAAACAGAACGUGAAUGUAACAAUAAAGAAAAUGAGAGCUUUUUAGAAAGAAAAUCUUUAGCUUCACAGGACCCUAGUUUAGUAAUGGAAGAUGAAGCUUCCUUAACAUCGGAUGAACAUGUAAUGGAAAAAUUGCAUAAAAUAAGAGAUUCAAAUAAAGAAGCUGUAAUUUUAGACGAAGAAAUGGAUCCAGAUGAGCCUAAUGUCGAUGAAAUAUUUCAAAAUCAGUUAGAAGAGACAAGACCAAAGAACGAUUCACCCAACAUCACCAUUACAGAAAUUUUUGACGAUGACAUAUUAGAAUCAAGUCAUGAACAAGCUCCAGUGCCUAUUGAAUCUUCUCCUACUCCGAGCCCGCAAAUAAAAUUGAAUAAAAAAAAUGGCGUUGAAAUUUUUGAGAAGGAAUGGUCUAAAACCUCCAGUGAUCACGAAUAUGAAAUCAUCGAGAAACCGCCUCCGAAUAUUGUUUUUAUGCCACCCGAUGCUGAAACGAAGCCUUCUUUGGUGAAAACUGAUGAUGAAUUAUCUAGUACUACAUCUUUGGAACGUAAAUAUUUACAACACCCUUCAGAUGAAGAAGAACAACACGAUGAUAAGGAAAAUGAAGGCAUUCUAAACGCUGAAUUACUUCAAAAGGAUAUCGAAGAAAGAUACUUUGUUAAUACGCCAUCUACUAUGUCACGAACUGAAUGUGAAAUUAGUACAAGUCAAGUAGACUCUUCAGCUUUAGAAAAUUUACCUUUAAAACGUGACAGUCGUCAAAAUACUGACGGCAUUGACGUAAAAAUACAACAACGUAUCAAGGAAGGCGCUGGAAAAUUAAAAUCGCAGGCUGGUAAAUUAAAAACAAAAUUGCAAAGUAUGAAAAUACCGGAAAAACCAAAAAUGAAUAUGCCUGAACGUCCAAAAUUUAAAAUGCCUGAGCGUCCGAAGUUCACUUUACCUGAUAGACCCAAGUUUACUUUGCCCGAUAAAAGAAAAUUUAGCCUACCGGACCGGCCAAAGUUCAAAAAGAUAAACUUGUCUGAAAAACUAUCCUUUGGAGAUAAAAAGAAAUUUACUCUACCUGAAAGACCAAAAUUCAAUGUUCCUGAUUUUCCUAAAUUUAAAAUGCCUGACAAAGCAAAAAUUAAUUUUCCAAGCUUAGGGAGAAGAAAGUCAAGUAAACCGGAAGCAUCGAUUACUGGUUCAACUCCAGAUGUAAGAAAUACACCCCCAGUUGAAUUCGAGGCUAAAACCUAUCCUAGGUUAUUUAACAGAAAAAAUAAAAAGGAAUUACCUAAAACCUCAUCAUCUCCUGAUUUAGAUAGAGAGGAAACCCCACCUGCGACUUUUACAUUUACUCGAAUGAAAAAACAACCAACACAAGUUGCAUCUUAUAUUCCAGACAGUCCUAGUGAACCACGAGAAUAUGGCACCACUGACAGUUUUGAUGCAGAUGUUGAUGAAAGACGACAGUUUGAAACUACAUACGACUUUGACAAAUUAGAUUCUCAGUAUAUUCAAGAUGAAGAGCAACUAUCGCACUUAAACGACAAUACCGCAGAUUUAUCGACAGAACAACAUUCACCGGUAAAAGAAGAAUACUCUCAUGUUAUAAACGAAAUAAACAAUGACGAAUUUUUUGUACGACCGCGAGGGAUAUCUCGUGAAAAUAUUCAAGUAAGAGAAUACUUGAGUGACGAAAUACGACAAGCCUUCAAAAUUCCAAAAAACGCGCUAGCUUUGAUGGGUAGUAAUUCCGGCGUUAACGAUGAAAAUAUUUAUGCCAAUGAACCAGAAGCUGACCCGGAGCUUAUGCUAGAUGAUGAUAUGCGUUAUUCAACGGAGGACUUAAACGAUAGAGAUGACGGCUAUUACACAUUCCCACCUGUACGUCCGUCACGAGCUAAAAGAAAGAAAAAGGAAGAAGAAAUCGAUACCGUUCAGUAUAUUGACGAGCACAUGACAAAUGAUAUGCAAUUCAGGGAAAUUGAGUUAGGUAUAUGUGAUGACCAGGAACAACUUCAUUCAAAUAACAAUGUGCAAGCCAAUGAGCCGAUUGAAAUGGAUACUCAACAUAGCUUCGGUCCUUCCAAUGAGUUACGUUCUAUUCACGAAUAUGCCAACGAUGACGUGAUACAAUAUCCAGAGGAUAUACCAAUCCAGUCACAAACUUUGCCAAUGCCACCCCAACGAAAAAAGAAAUUCGGCAAGCGGGACUUACGACAUUCAUCGCUGAAUGAUUUUAAAGAUAUCCCAACAACCGAAUUAUGGAACGAGUCCCCAUUGCAAAAUGAAGACAUAAUCGUGUAUAGAACCGAACAUGAAUACGUUGUUCCUCAAACUGAGACCACAGCAACUGACCGUAGCCCACUACCGCCGCGACGAAACCGCUCGCGGAGUUCUCGGGGCACAUCUCUCUGUGACGAUGAUCGGACAUCUCAUGGAGCAGAAUCAUUAACGAUGGACACACAUGCGCUUCCCACUGAUUAUAUUGAAUCUGAUAAGCAUGCUCGCCAUGAAAGUCCAGGCUAUGCUACCGUUGAUAAAAGUGCUUCUGCGCCAAAUAAAGGUGUUCGGCGAUCCCUAAGUAAAACUCCACCUGUGAGACGUCGCAAAAGUCAUAGUUCGGAGAGAAAAUAUUACACUGUUCAACCAGUAGAUAAAAGCUUACCUGAUCGUCCACCACGGAAAAAAUCCUCAACGAGCCUUAUGACUUUGGACAGCUUUUCUAAGCGUUCAGUAAGUGGUGAUUUGACGCAAUAUGUCGAAAUUGAUGAACCACAACUUGAUGAAGUUCACAAAGAUUUAAUCUCAGGUGAAGUAGUAAAUAAAAUGAAAGAUAGACCGCUCCCACCACCACCAAGGCCACCCAGGGGGCCAAAACGAACAAAAAGUAAUAAAAGCAGUUUUGAAGAUCGAUGUAAUAUUAAUGUUGGACCAGAAUCAUUGACACUUACUGAUAAGGGCAUGAAAAUUGAUGAUGUCGUAGAGAUCGAGGUAUCAACUCAGACAGAUCCCCUUCCAGAUGAUAUAGAUUUUGAAUUAGGGAUGGAAGAAAAUCUCGAUUUUUCGAUGUCAAGUUCCCUGAGAGAUAUUGUGAAUGAAGAGCCUUAUAGAAGUAAAUCACAUAGCAAAAUAGGUGAAAGCCCUAGAAUUUCCCGGCCUACAUCGAGAUCUGAAAAAUCGUUCAAAAUUUCGGACCCAAAAAUUUCUGAAUUAUCAAAAUCCAACAUAGGCCGCACGUCUCCCACAGUAAUUUUGGUAGAAAGGCGCGUUUCAAGUCCAACAAGAAUAAACGAACGAGAAGAAAUGUUAACUGAAGCGUCCCUAACAGUACAACAUAUUGACAUCGAUGAAGCCGAUAUUCCCGACGUACCUCCGCUUCCUAGGCCAAAAAGUGUGACAAACAUUACUCGAACCUCUCGUAAAACAGUUCCUUCUAGUGAUGAUCAAGCUCUCGAAAGGGUCACUGAAGCAAGUAGAGAUGUGCAACUGGAUAACCUAGUAACGCAAAGAUUACAGGUGAGAGAUUUAGAUGUGGGGCGACUUAAUGUUUCAGAAUUGCAAGCUAGUAAGAUUUUAGUAUCCGAUAUAGAAGGUAUGACAUUACAAGUAACUGAGUUAGAUUCAAAAUCAGGCCACAUCUCAGUCAGUGGCAUUGAAUUUUCACAAUCUGUAAUUGAUGAAAUAGUUAAGAAAUUUACUGAAAUUUCAACAAGUGCAAGCGUACCACAAGCAGCGCAUGAAUUACCAAGACCAAUGAGCAGAGAGGAACAAACACAAACCGAUCAAUCAGCCGGUGACACAUUGGUCCCAGAAAGCAGUCAGCCCUCUACUGUUCAAACUUCGCCGCCACCACCGCCUCCUAAAUAUUCUAAUGAAGAAGAAGCGACUGCACCUCCACAGAGACCCCCACCCCCAGAUUUAACUCCUCUCUUGUAUUCUUAUCUUCAAGAUAUGACAAUGCCUCCAGCUACUUAUUACCAUAGGCCUACAGCUUUGAGAGACAGACCCUUUACCGAAUUUCACGAUGCUCAACAUCAAUCGCCACCACCACCAACUCGGCGCGCGAAGCGUAGGCCUGCUGCCCCGCAUUCUGAGUCCAGCUCUGACGAAGCCCUGACACGCCCGUCACCAAGGCGCAUGCCUGCUCCAGUAAGACCACAUGAACCGACGAUAACUGAAGCGGGAGCUAAUUUUCUGCGUGUUUGUCACAACUCUAUUUCGAGAACUAUAAGGAACAUAUUUAAUUCCUUUGUCUCGUACAUUAGCGGUACUGAAGAUAAGAAGGAUGUGCAAAUGGCGCUAGUCAUAUUUUUGGUAUUGAUUGCUGGUUUGAUAAUGUUCGGUCUUAGCGAUAGUCGCACGAUUCAUCACCACCACUGGGAGUUUUUCAAUCCUCCUGACGGCAAACAAUGAUCAAACAACUGUACAUAAUUACUUAUUACGUACAACGGCAGUCUUGGAAUAUUAUUUCAGAAAUGAUACUGAUUAAAGUUCCAGAUACUUAUAUAAUUAUAAAUACUUACAUUAUAAUUAUUACUUUAGUAAAGUCGUAGCAUUUCGUUCAAAUCAGACUUUCCAGCUUUCCACUACUUACUCAACCGAAUGUUUAAGCGUUAUUUAAGUAUUUAUUAUAGCAUUAACGAUUAAUUUAAUUAUAAAACUGUAAAAACGAAUAAACAAGACAUUUUACAGUACAACAUAUGACGUAACUUUCUCGCACUAGUGCGAUAAUUAGCACAUUACGUAACUAUGUCGAAAGUUUAAAGGGCCAUAUGUACUGUAAAACGUUGUACGUUACAUGUGCGAAUAGGUAAUUCGCAGCGAGUGGCGAAUAAAUUAAAACAUGACUGAAGGGAGUGUUUUAAAUCGACACGAGUAGUUUUCGCACUUGUAUCGUAAUGUACUAUAAAAAAAGGAGAUUCAAUGAUAAGGACAAAAACUAUUGCCUACAAAGGCCGACUUUUCAGUUAACAAUAUUAGUCAACUAUCAACGUCUGUGGGAUAGAGGGGGGUUUAAAAAUAAGUAUUAUUUGUCUGUAUAGUAAUUAAUAACUUUAAAUAUUUUUUACUAACUAAGGCAAACGACACAUGUACGAUAAUUUAUUUUAAACUUUCCAGAUAAACCGUGGUGAUUAGUGUCAUGCUAUAAAAAGGUUAUAUUCAUCAUGUACCCGUACAUGUAAACCACGAUAAAAGUUUCGCUGGGAUUGUUACCAUUAAAGCUUGACUCACCUUAGACCGGUCCGGGCCCGGGCCAGAGCUUCCGGCGCUUACAUGGAAAGCCCCGAAAGCAUCACGUGAUCACCAGUUAUCUUUUAUCUGUCAUAGAAAAGUAAGCGCAGGAAACUCCGGGCGGGCCCAGCCCGAUCAAACGUGAGUCAUCCUUUAAAAAUAAUAAUUAAAUAAUUUUCACCAUCAAAAGUAUUAUAACAGUGCUGGAAUGGAUUAUUCAAUUGAAUACAUAAUCGUAAUAAAUAAUGUUUUUGUCUAAGAGUCCACAGUUGUUUAUCGAUGUAAAAGUAGUGUGUCAGCUGAUGUUUAUGCAUUUGUAAAGUUCUUUUUUGAUGUGUAUUUGUAAAAAAAAACAAUAAAGUUAUUAAAAAUA